GUGCUUUCCAACACUGGCCCACAAUUAUUGUUGCAACAAAUAUAAAAGGUUCUUUACAUCUUACGUGUGAAAAUUAAAGUUAAAAACUUCGACAACCACUUCAAUAAAGUCCAGCAAACAAACUGGUAUAAAAUGCGCCAGCGAUAAUAAAGCGCGCCCCAAAGCACUGAAGCAAAAUCGGUUGAAAAGCAAAACAGUGUGUGCACAAAAGAAAAAGUAAAUAACACAACACGUCAGAGCUCAGAAGAGACCAACAAAAUUGUUAGUAUACCCUCUACUAAGCACAUACUUCUUUCUUUACCUAUUUGGUCUUUGCGGGCACAGCGACAAGAGUUGCCAACGAUGAGGCUGCUAAGCUUGUUCUGCAUUUUGCUGCUGCUUGUGGCACAGCAAAGUCCAAUGCUGCGUGCAGAACUCCAGGGUCCAACAAUACCAACUGAAAGCGCCAGCGUGACAGCAGCAACAGCGUCAUCCGCUGAAGCUGAACGCGAGUCGACCACGAAUCCCCAGGCGCCCCAGGCAGCUGAGGAGAUAACCACAGCGGAUAAGGAGGCAAAGACACCUCAAGUAGAGGCUGCGACGACGCCAGGCAGCAAUGAACGGAAGGCAGCCAAGCUUAAGGAGACGGAGUUCGAGGCACGCACCAAAGUGAUGCCAGCGGCUUUCUUUGAGCGUCUGCACAACGACAACAUCCUAAAGCAGGAGAAGCUCAAAGCACAAAUCGAGGCAAUCGAAGCGAAACUUGCGCCCAACGAUGCGGAGCCGACGCCUGAGCAGAUUGAAGCCCAGAGCCUCUACGAUAAUGCCAUGGAGAUCUUGGGCAAACCACGUACGGAUCAACGUGUGGCACUCACUUUGCUAAAGAAAGCCGCCGCCUUCAAUCAUCUCAAGGCACGCGCUGAACUGGCUUGGGGCAUGGUUCUGGGUCACUGGAUGUCAUUCGAUUUCCACCAUGCCGCUGACGAAUUCGAGAGCCUGGCCCUAGAAGGUGUACCCGAGGCACAUGCUGGUCUGGGCUUUUUGUAUUCGGUGGGCGUGGGCGGCAAGAAUGUCAGCCAACCGCUGGCAUUGAUUCAUUAUACGCUGGCCGCGCUGGGCGACAAUACGCUGGCCCAGAUGGCCAUGGGAUAUCGCUAUCUGUUUGGCAUCAAUGUGCCCAUCAACUGCGAGAAGGCUUUGCUGCAUUACAAGCGUGUGGCACGCAAAGUAGCCUCCAAAGUCACCUUUGCCAAUGGUCCAAUGCUGCAUCGCGUUCGUUUGUUGGAUGAGCUGGAGAAUCCCGGCAGCCAUGAGACCGAAAUCAUUGAUUACUAUCAGCUGCUUGCCGACAAAGGCGAUGUGCAGUCUCAGGUUGGUUUGGGACAGCUGUAUUAUCAGGGCGGCAAGGCCACUCAACAGGAUCAUCAAAAGGCGCUGGAGUACUUUACACUGGCUGCCAACGCGGGCAAUGCCAUUGGCUUUGCCUUCUUGGGCAAGCUCUAUCUGGAGGGCAGUGAGCAAAUCAAGGCGGACAACGAAACGGCAUUUAAAUACUUUUCGAAGGCAUCCGAAAUGGGUGAUCCGGUGGGACAGAGCGGUUUGGGACUCAUGUAUCUAAAAGGUUUGGGUGUGCCCAAAGAUUCAAUCAAGGCACUGUCCUAUUUCACACAAGCUGCCGAUCAAGGCUGGGUCGAUGGCCAACUGCAGCUGGGCACCAUGUAUUUCACUGGCAAUGGCGUCAAGACCGACUACAAACUGGCGUUGAAGUACUUCAAUUUGGCAACACAAUCUGGCCAUGUUUUGGCUUAUUACAAUCUGGGAAUUAUGCAUGCCUAUGGCAUGGGCAUGCUGCGUUCCUGUCCAGCUGCUGUUGAGUUCUUUAAGAAUGUGGCGGAGCGUGGUCGCUGGAGCAGCAGUCUAAUGCACGCCUACAGCGACUACAAGCAUAAUCGCAUUGAUGAGGCAUUCAUGCACUAUUCCCUAAUGGCUGAGGCUGGUUACGAGGUGGCUCAGAGCAAUGCUGCGUUCCUUCUCGAUCGCGAGGAGGUGCAUGUCUUCAACGAUCGCCACGAGGAUUUAAUACGUGCCUUCUACUACUGGAAACGUGCGGCAGGCCAAGGUUAUUCUGCUGCCCAAGUCAAGCUGGGCGAUUACUACUACUAUGGCUGGGGUACCAAAACCGAUUUCGAGACAGCUGCAGCACUUUACAGGAAAGCUUCGGAGCAGCAAUAUAAUGCACAGGCUAUGUUCAAUUUGGGCUACAUGCAUGAGCAAGGCUUGGGCAUGAAGAAGGAUUGGCAUUUGGCGAAGAGAUUAUACGAUUUGGCUGCCGAAACCAAUUCGGAUGCCAAGGUGCCUGUGGCUCUUGCGCUCUUCAAGCUGCAGAUGCUCGCCAAGAUUGAGUCAAUUAAGGAGUCACCUUAUCGCUUCAUCUUCUAUAUGGAUGAGAAUAUUGCUGCCAAUUGGGAUUUAUACAUGAUCACCAUAUUAACUCUGCUGCUGGGCAUAAUCAUGUACACCAGGCGACCCUUUCAACAGCCCGAGCAGCCAGUUCAGCAACAGCAGGCGCCACAGGCAGCUCCAGCUGCAGCUGCUGCUCCUGCCAAUGACAUAGCAUCUGUAGCUGCUGCCAACAUCAAUGCAGCAUCGACAGCAGCAACAGGAACAGCAACUGCCUCAACUUCCGCGGCAGCUGCAACUGCUGCCACAUCCACAAGCAACACGGGCAGCUCGUCGGCGGCGGCAGCAGCAGCAGGAACGAGCAGCAGCAGCAGCAAUACACUUGAUCCCACUGAUUAGUCUUAAAUGCAAAAUUGGUUAAUCAUCCCUAGCUUAAUUAGUGACCAUGUAAAUAUUUAUCAUCAAUUUUUUAUGAUUUCUGAAUGGAAUUUUUAGAUAUUUAAAAAAUCAGAUAUAUCUUACUCAAAACAAAA